AUGGCAGGUGACAUACCAGUGACAUCAGGGACAUUGGAGAGAAGUUUGCUGCGUCCAAUGCAGUCACUGGAUGGCGAGCAAAAUUCCGUUCAGGAAGAACACGCCUCAAACCGCACACCAGUCUCACAGACAUCAUCUAGUUUUGCAAUUGAAACGGCAGCAACUUACAUAGCCAGUCUAUGGCGCCCAACAACCAGCACACCUCCAAAAGUAGCAAUCGUAACCACAACUCCACAGAUUAUCGCAACGCAACAAAUAGAGAUCCCUGUUUCGCAACAACAAUCCUUCUCACACAUUUCAAGCAUCGGAACCCGGAUCCAUCACGCUAUUCAGCCGCAGCCACAAUAUCCCUCGAUGGUCCACCCACACACCACCAUGGCAGGGCUGCCUCAUGUGCUGCUAUUUCUACAACAACUGCCGAUCUUUAACCAGCUUGUAUAA